UCUAGUCGGCUUACGCGGGGGAUUUUUCCUCUCUCUCUCUCUCUGUCUCUCUGUCUCUCUGCAAUUUGCUUUUGCUCUGUUUUCUUCCGAGUUAAGGAUUUUUCUAUUGCGGGGUGGAAAGGCCAGUCCUGGAAUUUAGUGCUCCGCUUUGCCAGUGGUGGAAUUUUGGUGGCUCCGUUAUCUAUAUUUCCUCAAAGAUAGCAAUAAUCGGGAGCGUAAUCAUUUCGCUUGCAGUUCUUUGGGUGGAGGCAUCUCUCUCUUACGGGCUAAACCUUUUUUCUUCUUCUUCUUCUUCUUCUUCUUCUUCUUCCUGUGGCUGUUCACUCUGUGUGGUCCUCGUACGAGGAUUGAUCCUUUUCGCCUCUUCUAUAUUCGAGGAUCGUUGGUCGAGAGAAUUCUUGUGGGGUCUUUUCUGAUUCUUCUCCUCCUCCUCCUCUGCUUUCGUCUGCCGAGUUGGGGCGUGGGGUUACGUGCUCCCUUGAAUUGUUUAUCUUCGAGGCAUCCCCGCCAACUUUCGUUCCGCACCAGGUGAGAUCUAGUGCAGAUUAUAGUCUGAGAUACAGGAUGACGGUGAAGGCAAACGGGUUCCUCCAAGGUUGUCUGCCGGAGGAGUUGAAGAAAGUGCUCCGAUCCGUGGCAUCCGAAUUGGGGGAUGUGAUCGAUGACAUGGACUCGAUUCAGGUGGUUCCUCUUAAGGGGGCCAUGACCAAUGAGGUUUACCAGAUAAAUUGGCCAUUGAAUGAUAAACGCGAUCUCUUCAGAAAGGUUUUGGUUAGGAUCUACGGUGAAGGAGUCGAUCUCUUCUUCAACAGGGACGAUGAGGUGCAGACGUUCGAGUGCAUUUCGAAGCAUGGGCAGGGGCCUCGUUUGCUCGGCCGGUUUUCGGACGGAAGGGUGGAGGAGUUCAUUCAUGCCAGGACACUCUCAGCUGCUGACCUCCGUGAUCCGGAUGUUUCUGCUCUAAUAGCAAGUAAACUGAGAGAGUUCCACAAUCUCGAGAUGCCUGGUCCGAAGAAUGUUCUCCUUUGGAACAGAAUUAGAAAUUGGCUCAAAGAAGCAAGAUCUUUGUGCAUCCUUAAGGACGCAAAAGAAUUUCGUUUAGAUGCUCUGGAGGAGGAAAUUUGUGUGCUUGAGGAGGAGUUGACGCGGGAUGACCAAGCCAUUGGCUUCUGUCACAAUGAUCUGCAAUAUGGAAACAUAAUGAUGGAUGAAGAGACAAGAUCGAUCACCAUUAUUGAUUAUGAGUACGCGAGUUACAACCCCGUUGCAUAUGAUAUAGCGAAUCAUUUCUGUGAGAUGGCAGCAAAUUAUCAUACCGAAACACCUCAUAUUUUGGACUAUGGUGCUUAUCCAGGCUUAGAGGAGCGGAAGAGAUUUGUGCGCAAUUACCUUAGCUCGGGAGGGGACCAACCUAACGACACUGAAAUAAACCAGCUCGUCGAUGAUGUAGAGAAGUACACUCUUGUAAACCAUCUCCUUUGGACUUUGUGGGGUAUAAUUUCGAGCUAUGUGAACGACAUCGACUUUGACUACAAGGAAUAUGCGAGGCAAAGAUUUCACCAAUACUGGCUGAGAAAGCCUGCUCUCUUGGGCUCGGGCCGUGUUUGCAGCGAAUAGAUAAAAACAGACAAAGAAGCUCGACCAAAUAAGGCUGCCAUAUGAUGAUAUGAUGCCACAUCGGAGUCUUGCAUACAGGUCGAUGUUGUAAAUAUACAGUCGAUUUGCUACUUACAGAAUGGAUAUAGAUUGCAAGCAGAAAAACCUCGAGUUUUUCGUGGGUGAUGUAUCUGGUGUGACUUGAAAUAAAAGAGCAAUGGAUUUUGCUGGUUUGUUU